AUUGUCGGAGCAAAUUAGAAAAGCUGGUCGACAAGUGCGCGUGUCGCCCCAUUGAGCUAGCAAACACAUUUAUCACCCAGAGUAGUAAAACUAUCUAAAACCCCAAAGCGAUGAUACCCUCAAUAACGAAGAACUACCAGAACGUGGUAAUCAGCACUGGCAACAUAAUAAACAACGAGGUGGGACAACGCAAAUCCAACGAGGAGCUCUACGAUGGCCUCAAAAUAACGUUGCACAGUGACCCGAAUGCAGAGCGCGUGGUUGUCGAUAUAGAUGAGCUGCAUGGACGUGUGCUAUGCGCCACACAGGAGCUCAACAACAAGCUGACGGAGAAUGGUCGCAAUGAGAUUAGUAUUGGUGCUAAAAUAUUCCUCAACAAGAGCUCCAAGGAGUGCGUGCAGCAAGCUGUCGAUGCACUACUUAAUAUACUCAACGUAACACAUGUUGACAACGUUGUGCUCGCCUACCAUCCCAACGCUAGUGCGAGCGUUGCCAGCGCAACAUCAGCGGCCACAACACCAAUAAAAACACCCUGCUCUGAAAGUCCUAGUGGCAGCAGCGGCAACAGCGGCACAAGCACCAUCAGCUGGGGCAAACUUAACGGCGAGAAGGGCUUAGCCGAACUGAAGCUGCUCUACAAAACUCUGGAGGGCUAUGCGGCAAAGCACCAGAUCAAUCAGUUAGGCGUAGCCGAUCUGGAUGCCACAACGUUGGAGGCGCUAUACAAGUCAGCAAAAGUGCCACCCACAAUUGCGCAGGUAAACCUAAGCAAUUGCUGUGUGGUGCCAACUGAUUUGCAGGAGUUCUGCCGGGACCACGAGUUGGUGUUGAACACGCACAGUGAUCCCGAGCUGUUGCUGCCUGAGGAGCAGUUCGCUGGCCUGGCGCCUGGCUAUAAAAUUGAUUGGUCUCUACGCUACCAAGUCCACGUGCGCUGCCGUGGCGUGCUAACCGCCAAGGGCUACAUAGUGGGAGCCUCCAAGCCGGUAGGACUGGCCAAAAAUUGAGCAAACACACACACGUGUGUGUUUUUUUUUUUAAUGGCAUACCCGUAGUUCAAAGCUAAGGUGAAUUUUAUAGUAUGUACGUGCAUACUCAGUAUGUGUAUGUAUGUAUGCCUGCCUGUUUGUAUGUAUGUAUGUAGAACUGUACUUAUUUGUUUGUUAUACAAAACCGAGAUGAGAGCGGCAAAGGCGCAACAUUGGACGCGUGUACUCUUCAAUUGAUUUGAUUGUGAAUAGUUAACUGAAUUUUUGAAUAUAAAAUCGUUAUGAAACG